AUGUUUCUAGAGGAAAUCGGCAGGUCGCUAUCAGCUGGACGUGUACACAUGCAACAGUCGAACAACACUCAGCGCCUGUCUCCGGCACCAAGUUUUCUAUCGUUGAGGUUCGUCGAAACGCCGAACGAAAUACGGCUACGGUACAGGGACGCUUCUAAGUUCCUGAUUUGGCCUGAGCAUCCGCUACGAGAAGAAGGAAUCGAGGCGGGAGCAGCCUUCGUCUAUGACAAGCGUUCUCUGCCGCCGCUGCAUUCGGCGCUUUCCAGAUUCCGCAGUUCGUUCAACCUUGGUAAGACAUCGUCAAUGUCGUCCAUGUCGCACAAGGGCUUCAUCGGACUGCGAGUCAACACAUUUCGCUUUGGCCCGCGACAAGAGCUGGAAUAA